AUGCAAGGACGUGGUGGCGACGCGCUUCUGGCCGCAACCCGCCGAGGCAGCGCGGCCUCUCUCCAGGCCAUCCUCGCCGAAGGCAUCGAGCCUGAUGCGGCGCUCCAUGUGGACGGUGCGUCCGCGCUGCACGUGGCCGCCGGGUCGGGCGACCUCGCUGUCGCGCGGCGUCUGCUAGCAGCGGGCGCCGACGUCAAUCGACCCGACACGCGCCAGCAUUCGCCACUCUACCGCGCUGCGUUCCAGGGUGACGAGGCCAUGGCUCGCCUCCUUCUCCAAGCCAAUGCCAACGUCGGCCAGCCCACAAGCCUGGACGAGACACCGCUCAUGGCGGCGGCCCAAGAGGGACACGUGGCGAUCGUCGCGCUGCUGCUGGCCAGCCAUGCGCAAGUCGACGCAACCAAUUGUUACGGCGAAACAGCGUUGUUCUGGGCGGCCGCGCGGGGACAUACCGACGUCGCCGGCCUCUUGCUGGACGCCGACGCCAGCGCGACCUUGCGCAUGCCGCUGGGCCGGUCGCCACUUCUUGCCGCCGUCCAAGGCAAGGCGUUAGACAUUGUCGAGCGCAUGCUGCAGAACGGACCGCUCGACAGAGAGGAUGUGCGCGAAGCCGCGCUGCUGGCGCUGCGAGACAGUUCGGAUCCUAGGCUCGUGACGCGCCUCCUGCACGCGACCGUUCGCCCGACGCACUGGGAAAAGAUGAAAGCGGUUCUAGUGACGAGCACCCGACUUGACGCGACCUUUGCAAAUGCAUUACUGACCAUGUUGCCAACACCGCACCUCUGCGACAAAAUGCUACGUGCGCUGGCCAAGGAGGUUAUCGCGCCGCCACCAGACGGCACGUCCGAGUGAAUUGGUUGUCUGCA